AUGGGCGAGGUGUACCUGGGACUGGAUCGAUCGGCCAGGCCGGAGCCGGAGCCAGCGGACGUCGGCAUUGCCCAGGGCAACCAGGUCACUAACCUGGUGUCGGCCGGAUGGACGGAUGAGAGGCACACGGAUUACAUAAGCUCCAUGGAAGCCUCUUUCAUCAACCGACUCUUCAAUCACGGGAACAACGCCAACAGGAAAGAUUCAGGUACCAAUGGGUUCAAGGUUCUCCAAGGUGGGGCUGGAGUGUGGAAGAAAGUCGAGUUUGCGAGGCCCGGUGCUUGCGCUCAAGUCGGGGCCAAACAAAGCCUGCCUGCAAACCCCUGGAUCCAGCAUUUCAGAUCGCGUGAUUGCAGCAGCAGCAGCAGCAGUGCAAGAGGUGAUGGGGCACAAACUUUAGUAGGUGAUCACGAAUCGGGUAUUCGGACUACCCCUGGGGGGACUCCCUUGUCCCAUGGAAGGGAAUUGGGAGCUUGCAAGGGAGAAAACCUUCUCGACCAAAAUUCAGAGGUCUCUGAUCAGAACUUUGCUGACGACGACGAGGCGGAAGUCGGCGCAGAAUCAAGCAGAACAUGCAAGAAAAGACGAUUGAGCAGUUCUUCCACUUACUGCGCCCAAACGAUCCAGUGA